AUGAGCGCGCCCGUCGUCACACAGCGGAAGCGACGCUCCCGAGGCGACCUGGGUCCAUCGGCACACGAAUUGCGCUACGCGGAACCGACGCUGAACGGCGACGGCUGCUAUUUGGACGGUUCUCUCGCGCGCGACGAGGGCGACGUCCGCGACGCUUUGAACCGCUCAAAGCGCGCGGCGAAGGCCUCCGCGGCGUCGCACCCCGCCUCGGCGCCCCGCGUCAGCCUGGAGCUGCCGCCGCGGCCGAACUUUAACGAGCUGGGCGACGGGGAGGCCGCGCGCCGCCGCGAGGCGAUCGCGUACUUCUACCGCAUGAUCGGCGCGCCGGACGAGGAGACCUGGGACGGCCCCCGCGGCUGGGCGGUGUGGGUCAGGAAGCAGAUGAACAUGUCGCCCGAGUCGACGCGCUGCGUGAAGGAGGUGUUCCGGCAGCUGCGCGACGCCGACUCGCAGGGCGUCCUCUACGACCCGCGCGCCUGCGACCUGCUCGCGGGCGCGGCGCCCCUCAUCGUCGAGGACUCCAUGGAGGCGACCAUCGUCUGCAACGCGGUGCAGCAGGGCGUGAGCCUGGGCCAGGCGACGGUGCUCGUGAACGUCGCCCGGGGCAAGGCCGUGCCGGAGCGCGCGCCCUUGAGCUACAGCGCCGUCCAGGGCUACUGCGCGCGGUCGGACGUCGUCGACGUCGCGAAGCGCGGGACGAAGAAGAGCGGGAGCCUCGACGUGAACUCGCCAGGAGUCCUGGGACACCCUCGAUUUGCGGCUCGCUCGCGGUUUCGCGCGCGUUCCGCGCUCGUUCCGUGGCCGGUGUUUUUGCAGAAGAACGUCGAGGUAGUGGCGAUCCAUUAA